AUGGUUCGCAUUGCUGUUGCUGGAGGUGCUGGACAGGUGGGCAAAUCCAUCGUUGAGGGUCUGGUUGCUCAUGGCGGGCAUGAGGUCUACGUUUUCUCCCGAAGUAGUCGCGAGCCUAGCACAGGAAUCAAGUAUUUGACUGUUGACUACUCCAGCUUCGCAUCAGUCCAAAAAGCGCUUGACGAGGCCCAGAUCAACACCCUGGUCUGUGCCAUUGGAGUCGUCAACGAAGAAGCAAAUGCUUCACAACUGAGGCUCAUACAGGCAGCUGCCAGCUCAGAGCACACCAAGAGAUUCAUCAUUGCCAGCUAUGAUCUGCUGCACAAAAAAGAGCAUAUUGAGCUCAACCCUCUGGCAAAAUACACAUUCCAGGCUGUCGACGAGCUUGAGAAAACUAACCUCGAGUACACUCGAAUUGCCAACGGCUGGUUCCUCGAUUAUUUCGGGAUGCCGCAUUGGAAAACAACGCUCCAUCCAUGGAUCAACGUAUUGAACAUGGAGCAAAAGUGGGCUGUCAUUCCCGGCGAUGGCUCUGCGAAGGCCACUUUCAUCACCACGCAGGACAUGGCCAAAUUCCUCGCGCGCAUGAUGGAUUUGGAGAAAUGGUCAAAAGUAACAUUAAUUUUUGGCGAGACACUGUCGUUCAAGGAUCUCCUCCAGUUGGCAGAGGAAGUUCGAGGCAAGUUCGAAGUUGCCUACGACGAUCUAGAUGCUCUCAAGGGCGGAAAGAUCUCAUUCGCGUCUAGAUUCCCCCCGAUUGGCUUUCCCGACGACGAGGCAUUCUUCGCUCUGCUCCAUUACCUGGCCGGGCUAGGACAGUUCAGUGUGCCGAGCGAUGAUACGCUCAACGAAAAGUUUCCAGAUAUCCGCAUUACAACAACGCGAGAGGUCAUGGAAGCUUCAUGGAAAGGGAAAUAG